AUGUGAAGGAAUCACAGUCUCCUGACAACCUGAAGGAGGUGUUUGAAAAGCUCCAGGUCCUGAUGGGGGAGGAUGACCUGGACCAGCUGGUCAAUAGUUUCAUCCAGGCUGAGGACCGGAACUUGGCUUUACUCAAGUUUGUCAAUGAGCAAAACAGUGAGGCUGAGAAGUUAAAGGAUCAGAUCAAUAAGAUCAAAGGAGAGAUGGAGACAUUUCACAGUGAAGGUCUGCAGCGGGAGCAACAGCAUCACUCCGCGUUGAAAGACAUGGAAGAAAAAUUAAAGAAAACCAAAGCUCAAGCAGAGACUUGUGAAAACCAAGCUGGCGCUCUUAGCAAAAUCCUGGAUGGAAUCAAAACAGGGGUGAACAACAUCUUCUCUGAAAUAGGCUGCGACCGCGCAGCAGUGGAGGACAAGCUGGGCUUCUCCUCAGGGAUCACGGAGAACACCAUCAUGUCCUACCUGGAUCUGGUGGAGGAGAAGACCAACGAGCUGCUCGCUGUGCAUGCUUUCCUUAAGUUUAAGGAUCAGGAGGAUGACUUCAGCCCAACAGACAUGGCAGAAUGCCUUCUAGGUCAGAAUCCAGAGUUCCUCAAACGAGACCUAAUGAUGCAGCCAUCUGCCAGCAGUUUGGAGCAUAGUGCCGAAGAGUUUCCUGUCACCAAUGAGGACGAACGGCCCCUUUCGCAGGAGGAACUUAGCAGGAAAAUAAUGAAACGUAUUCAGAGAGCAGAGAGCUCAACCUCCACAAGGAGAAACAGAAGCGUCAAAGAGAGAUUACAGGCUUAGCAGCAAACGGCAUAUCCAGGAGGAUGGACCGUUGUUAACGGCAGCAGUCACCGUCCCUAUGGAGGUCCCUGAAUAAUUAACAUUCACUGGCUCAGGGUAGAUUUUCAUUGUCGCCGCUGCUUUUGAUCAAAUACACAUAAGCCUUUUUCCAAACAAAAAAAAAAA